AUGUUCAACGCACUCCUUCUCGCAAGCCUACCCGUGCUACUUUGUCAAGCCACCUACCUCGACCCUUCCCUUCUCCAGCAAAAGCCACUGAUGCAUGGCAUACCCUCAGAUAUUCUAUCUGAUGUUACCAUUCUACCCCUCACUCUCUAUCUCCCGUCUAACACUGAGAACCAGCUAAACAAGCACUUCCACUACACCUUCUCCUCCCCCACCAACAACCCCACUCCACUAUCCCGACUCCAAAAUAGCGCUGCAGUGCACGCCACACACUAUGAGCACUCCCGCAUCAGCAUCGCCAUCCCUCUCGACGCCGCGCGCACAGGCACCGUAUCCUUCUCUUCCCCCACAUCAUCUAGCGUACAAGACACAACCGCCACGCACAUGACGUGGAUAUCCCAGAACCCCUGGGAUGUAGAUAUGCACUACAUCCCCCUCCUCGAUGGUGGUGUGCGCAAAGGCGGGAUGAUAAGUAUGAGCAUCGAAUCCGCAAUCUUGGAUUUCAACACAGCAUUCAUCACAUUACCCGCUGGGCUGUGGGAUGUGGUUGUUCUGGCGACGCAGCCGGUGCUGAAGCCGAGUUGGGGACAGGAAAAAGGACAGGAGGUGAUGAGUGUGGAGUGUGAGGCUAGGAAGAGGUUUCCGGAUUUGGUGUUUGGGAUGGAAGAUGAGAGCGAGAUUGUGGUUGGACCGAAGCAGUAUGUGCUGCAGAGGGGAGAGGAGUGUGUGCUCCUUGUUAGGAAGGCAGAGGAGGGGGAUGAGGAGAGGGUUGGUCUGGGUUGGGCGGUCGCGAGGGGGAGGGAGGUAGUGUUUGAUUGGCAAGAAGGGAGGAUUGGGUUGGGGGAGUUCGAGGGGUGA